AUGCCCAAGCUCUCCCGCAGCGGCACCUCCGAGUCGGCCACCAACAGUGCCACUCCCCGCUCCCCCACCGACGGCGGCGUGCCGGCGUCCCUGGCCGACCCGAGCCUGCCCCUGCCGCGGCUCAUGGUCUUCGACCUCGACUACACGCUGUGGCCGUACUGGGUGGACACGCACCCGACGCCGCCGCUCAAGGCCAACGCGGCGCACACGGCAGCCACCGACCGCUACGGCGAGUCGUUUGCCUUUUACGACGACGUGCCCUCGAUCCUGCAGCACCUGCCGCGGGGCGCCUCGGCGCCGAUCAAGCUGGGCGUCGCCUCGCGCACCUCGGCGACGGCGAUUGCGCGGGACCUGCUCAAGAUGCUGCACGUGCCGGGCCAGAAGGCGCCGCGCCGCGCCGGCGACGUGUUUGACGCGGGCAUGGAGAUUUACCCGGGCAGCAAGAUACGGCACUUUGAGACGCUGCAGAGGCGCACGGGCGUGGCGUACGAGGACAUGCUCUUCUUCGACGACGAGAGCAGGAACUUGGAGACGGAGAAGCUCGGGCUGACAAUGAGGCUGGUGCGCGACGGCGUGUCGUGGGCCGAGAUUGAAAAGGGCGUCGAGGAGUGGCGCAAGAGAAGGGGACACAAGAAUAACUAG